GUGUGGAAGUUCCCACGUGGUCUCAAAUCAAAUGUACGAGUAACCAGGUCCACAAUCGGUGAUCGAGAAUAAUGGCAGAGGAAUCUAAUCCAAAAUGGGAAGGUAAAGUAACUGUUGAUGUAAGAAACACCGACGAAAAACAAGUAUGGUCAGUUUUAGAAGAUUUCUGCAACCUACACAAAUGGAUCCCCAUAGACACGUGUUACCAAGUCGAAGGAAUUCAAGGACAACCUGGUCUUAUCCGCUACUGCGCUUCCACCGUUAAAGACGAUGUUCCUGAUUCCAAGUCAACAAUCAAGUUUGCAAAAGAGAAGUUAUUAACAAUUGAUCCAAUCAAACGUUGUUUGUCCUAUGAAAUUGUUGACAACAACAUGGGAUUUAAGUCUUAUGUUGCAACAAUCAAAGUACUUCCAAUUAAUGAUGAUGUUAAAGGUUCAGGGUGUAAGAUUGAGUGGGGGUUUGUUUGUGAUCCAGUGGAAGGGUGGAGAUUUCAAGAUCUGAAUUCUUAUGUUGAAUUUUCUCUCCAAUUUAUGGCUAAUAAGAUUGAGGUUGAUUUGCAUGUUCUGUAACUUGUUUAGGAGAGUCUGAAAAUUAGAGAUUUAGUUAAGUUGAAAUAAAUCGGGCUGUGUUUGAGUCUUUACUCUUCAGCAACGAAAUCAUAUAUGUAAUAAUCGCUUUUUGUGAUGUAGUAAUGUCUACAAAACUUCAGUUGUCUUACGCAUUUUUUCUUCUUC